UUUCUCUGCGAAGAAACAAGUUCGCAAUCCAACCAACCCCCCCCCCCCCCCCCUGAAGAUCCCGAAUCCCGAUCGAACCCUAGCUCCAUAAUCCAUCCGGUCAAUUCCCCGUCUGCCUCGUAACCUACGGCGUGUGAUGCCUCUGAAAACUCGGGUGUGAGUGCACAUGGCGGUGCCGCCUCUUGCCUUGGACACGCGCCUGGCGGAUCUCUGCCAGGAACUGGGAGUGGACAAGGGCGUCGCCAGCGAGGCCGCGGCGUUGCUGGAGGAGGGGAAGGACGCUCUUCUCACACCGUCUUCGUUUGGGAGCAAAUCGCCCCAGGAUGUGGAGAGGCUGUGCUUCGCUUUUGUCUUGUACUGCGCAGCUAGGCUGAAGGGGAUGAAGGAGGAGAGCUCCAGGGUUAGGCUGUGGAAGAUCUUGGAGGGUUGUAACCUCAAUUACGAUGACUUUUUCAAGGAAUCACAGCAGUUUCGUUCGAAGAUUGAUCAAAUUUUACGGAGCCGGUAUGGAUCUGAUUGGGAAGAUCAGCUAGAGCUGAAACAGUUGCAGAGUUUGGUAAAUCUGUUGGCAGAUGCAAGCAGGUUCUAUCGUACUGCAUUUACUGAGCUAUUCUCAAGUGCUAGUACUAGUAAGGAGCCUGGAUCAACUACAAAUAGUCCUGAAUAUUUCUAUUUUGGGUGGCAACUUUUCUUAGCCCUCCGUUCAAAAUCAUCAGAAUUGUUUAAGGACCUGGUAUCCUGCAUCCAUGGAUUAGUUGCCAUAUUGGCCAUACUUUUAAUACACAUGCCUCCUAGAUUUAGGAGCUUCACAAUUGAAGGUUCUUCUCACUUAAUAAAGCAAACAGUGAGGGGUGUGGAUCUCCUUGCUUCAUUAUGCCAUAACUAUCAUACCUCUGAAGAUCGCUUGAAAGAGAUGAUGGGAAAGUCCCACAAGGCUAUAGAGGAGUUUUUCAGCAAGAAAGCAGUAUGGGCUUCAGAGUGCAAAACUGAAACUUUGGAUAAAAUUGAUACAGAUGGACUGAUGUAUUUCAAAGAUCUCCUUGAUAAGGAGUGUUUUCAGUCAAAUUUGGCAAAAUUGGAGAAACUAAGUACUACCACUAGCUGGGAAGGGGAGCUUGAUUUGAAAAUGUUUUUGUUCAAUAAUGACAAUAUAGUCAGUGCUAAAAACGUUUCUGGAGGUCCCAUUAAUACAAGCUAUCCAAAGCGUGUCUUUGAAACAUUAGCGUCACCUACAAAGACAAUAAAGAACAUGUUGACUGUCCCUAGUUCCCCUGCAUCACCUAUCAAUGGUGGUUCAGUUAAGAUAAUGCAGAUGACACCGGUGACUUCUGCCAUGACAACUGCUAAGUGGUUUCGUGAGGUGAUAUCUUCAUUACCAGAGAAGCCUUCGUCUAAGCUUGAGCAGUUUCUUUUGUCUUGUGAUACAGAUUUAACAAGUGAUAUAACAAAAAGGGUCAGCAUAGUUUUGGAAGCGAUUUUUCCAACUAAGUCUUCUGGCGAUUGGGGUGGUUCCAUAGGCCUCAAUUGUACAAAUGCCUUUGAUAUUGCAUGGGCUGAAGCAAGAAAACUGGAGGCCUCCAAGUUGUACUAUAGAGUGUUGGAAGCAAUCUGCACAUCAGAAUCACUCAAUACUAAUGUAAAUAAUCUGACUCCAUUGUUGUCAAAUGAGCGUUUUCACCGAUGCUUGAUUGCAUGUUCAGCUGAACUGGUCUUGGCAACACAUAAGACAGUCAUCAUGAUGUUCCCUGCUGUCUUGGAGAAUACUGGUCUAACUGCAUUUGAUUUGGGCAAGAUAAUUGAGAACUUUGUAAGACAUGAAGAAAGCCUUCCAAGAGAAUUGAAAAGACACUUAAAUUCAUUAGAAGAACAGCUUUUGGAAAGCAUGGUAUGGGAGAAAGGUUCGUCAUUGUAUAAUUCACUCGUUGUUGCCAGGCCAUCGCUUGCUAUGGAAAUAAACCGCCUUGGUCUUUUGGCUGAACCAAUGCCAUCUCUUGAUGACAUAGUAACACAUCAGAAUAUUCAUCCUGUAGACUUGCCAACUACACCAUCUAAAAAGCGUGCUGCUGGUCCAGAUGUAGAUGACAAUGGCGAUGCAAAGUCACCAAAGAGAUUAUGCAAUGAAUCCAGGAACACAUCCGUAAACCAAAAUUUGCAGACACCACCACCAAAGCAAAACCAGAUGCUGAAAGCGAAAUGGCAUCCUCUCCAGUCGGCAUUUGCAAGCCCCACUGUUAACAACCCUGUUGGUGGGAAUCAAAAAUGUGCUGAAUUAGGGGUUAACAUCUUCUUCUCCAAAAUCUUGAAGCUGGCUGCUAUUAGAAUAAGAAACUUGUGUGAAAGGCUUCGACAUGUAGAACAGACAGAGCGUGUCUAUAAUAUCUUCAAGCAGAUUCUUGAUCAACAGACAUCUUUAUUUUUUAAUAGACAUAUCGACCAAAUUAUUCUUUGUUCCCUCUAUGGUGUUGCAAAGGUUUCUCAGUUGACGCUGACGUUCAAGGAAAUUGUUAGUAAUUACAAAAGGGAACAGCAAUGUAAACCAGAAGUUUUUAGAAGAGUCUUUGUUGGGAGUACAAAUCGCAAUGGAGCACUUGGAUCACGCCAUGUUGAUAUCAUUGUGUUUUAUAAUGAGGUGUUUGUUCCAGCAGUCAAGCCUUUCCUUGUGGCACUAAUCCCUUCUGUUGCUUGUCCAGACGAUAAGAAGAGUCCUAAUAGCCAAAUUCCUGGAUCACCAAAGCCAUCUCCCUUCUCGAAUCUACCAGAUAUGUCCCCAAAGAAAGUCUCAUCUUCCCAUAAUGUUUAUGUUUCUCCUCUGCGGCAGACGAAGAAGGAUGCGUUACUUUCACCAAGUUCGAGGAGUUUCUAUGCAUGCAUCGGCGAAAGCACCCAUGCUUAUCAAAGCCCAUCUACAGAUCUGGCUGCUAUAAAUAACCGUCUAAAUUACACCAGCAGGAGAAUCAACACUCGAAUAAACUUUGAUGUGGUUAGUGACUCAGUGGUAGCUGGUACUCUGGGCCAACCAAACGGUGGCCCAGCUUCUCCUGAUCCCGCAGCUGCAUUUAGCCCCUUACCAAAGAAGGGCAAACCAGGACCAGAGUCUUGAGUAAAUAAAUGGGCAUCUCCCUCUGUACAUAGCUUACAAUCCCAUAGAAGGCUGUCUGUUCUUCUUAAUAAGUGGGUGAAGUGGACUGCUUCAACUGUACAUGUAUGUGUUAGGGAGUAGUAGCGGUAUAAAAGUUGCUGAUUACUUGGAAGUAGCAUUCCAGUGUAACAUUUUAUAUCUCUGCUGAUAAAUACAAUUAGGGUGUAAGUUGUGUAAAAUGCUAACUGUCCUUAUUUUUCAUUGUAUAAUCUGUUGAUCUUCUGUACAAAAUCCUGCAUGUGAGAUAGAAUGUUUUUUUUGUUGC